CAAAGAUACGAUGUCAGCCCGACAACAAUCCGCCAGGUUGGUACCAUGCUUACUUGUCGAGAGCUUGAUUAUUGAUUAGAUUAGCUUGGUAGAUAGAUAAGUUAGUUGUGGCAUCCCUUGAAGCCUUCCAAUUGCCAUAAUCCUUCAACAAUCUGGAUCGAUACGAUUACCCCUUCAUUGGUUCCUUUGGCUUCAGUCAAAUCUCCGAAGCAACCACCAAUACCGGUAUUGCAUUAGUCUAGUUGAAUAAGAUGCAGUCCUUAUUGCACUCCGUGGCGAUGCUAUUGGCUCUGGUUCUCAUAGCGCUAGUAGGCACUGGCUCGUCCUUUGUCCUGCAACGGAAUUCUGCCUCCAUGAUGGCCAUCGAUCGGUCCCAAUCUUCUAAACUGUCUACUUCUCGGGUUUCUGCUUCUGCGGGUCAUCGUGCAAGUACCAAGCUACAAAUGAUGGAAGUGCUGGAGUGUGAUGUGGCCAUUGUGGGUGGAGGACCAGCAGGUUGUACGUGUGCUUUGUACACAUCUCGAGCUGACUUGUCGACUAUCAUCCUGGAUAAGAAUCCAGCCGUGGGGGCAUUGGCCAUUACCUCCCAUAUUGCCAAUUAUCCGGGAGUGGAUCGCAGCAUGAGUGGGUCCGAGUUAUUGGAACAAAUGAAGGUUCAAGCCGUACAGUACGGUACUCGUUAUGAGCGAGCUCAAGUAUUCAUGAUUGAUGUGGAAGAUCCUUCCGCGGACGAGGACAAUCCGUAUACCAAGGUCGUUUACACGCCAGACUAUACCGUCAAGGCACGGGCGCUCGUACUGGCCACAGGUGCUAUGGGCCGAGCUGCCCCCCCUUUCCCAGGAGAAGAAAAGUAUUUGGGACAGGGUGUCAGUUAUUGUGCCACUUGUGAUGGAGCCUUUUACCGAGAUGCCGAAGUUGCCGUGUUUGGAGCAACCACAGAAGCCAUGGAGGAAGCAAUGUUCCUCACAAAGUUCGCUUCGAUGGUGCAUUGGAUCACCUCGAUUGACAUUUCGGCCUGCAUGCCAAAGGAAGGAUCCAAAGUGGAAUGCAACAAUGUCUUGGAUCCAGAACUCUUGGAACAGCUUUUGGACAUGGAGAAUGUCAAGCACUGGCCCAAGACACGCUUUAUGGGAGUAGAAGGUGAUGCAUCCGGUGUCACUGGAGUCAAAAUACAAAAGAUGUACAUGGACAAGGCUGAAGUCAUUCCUGUAGAGGGAGCUUUCAUCUAUGGCGCCGGUGGUGGUUCCAAGCCUAUCACGGAUUUUGUACAAAACAAGGUGGAACUAGACGACAACGGUGGAGUGAUUGUUAGCGAGGAUAUGGAAACCUCUGUCAAGGGAGUCUUUGCAAUUGGGGAUAUCCGAAACACUGCAUACAAGCAAGUGGUCGUGGCCGCCGCGGACGGAUGUAUUGCAGCCAUGUCCGUCGAAAAGUUCCUCAAGGGACGAAAGAUGGUCAAGGUUGAUUGGAUCCACAAAUAGGAUCUUUCUAUUACUACAUCAUGCACGCACUUGUUUGUCUGGCAGUUUGCAUCGACUACCUUUCCCGACCGACCGAACACAUGGGAAACGCAAGGAACAGUGCAACUGUGGCAGAACAAAAACAUUCUUACCAAAACAUCUCUCGCAAGUUUCAGUGCUGCGGGAUGCUACCAUGCUAUCAUGUCCGCACUUUCUUCCGGAGAACUAAAAUCACAACCAUACGACACACACGCUCGCUGCAAACCACGCUGUAACUAGUAGCCCUUCAAUUGAAAUCCUC